CGACCCGGUAUCAACUAAUUACUGUAGUAGAAUAUCUAGUCAUUGCACUGCUAUCAACCUAGGCAAGGAAUAGAUGAAGUCAGGUGUCAGUAGGUGGCAGCAUUGUAAAGACUUGAAACAACGUGCACCGACAACAAGAAUCACCGAUAAGUGCCACUUCCUGUAUUUACAUGGCUGGUCGUUUCUGUGUUCACGUAUUAGCCUAAUCCGUAACUAACUCCCCGCCAAAUGUAUGGCGUUUGCAUGCUCCUUUAUCUGUAAGGAUUUAAAUAAAUCGCGUUCUUCAUAGGAAGAAUGACAUCCACAGAGCAUUUCAAAACUACCACUCCCCUGCCUCUCUCCUCCUUACGCCUUUUGGUGUCUCCACUACGGUUGAUGUCAGCGUUUAUGUGGCAGGUGGCAGAAUACCACAGCAUUGCCCAUUAUGGAAAGUUGGUGGAAUUCAUCAGUCUGGUGUCUGAUGCAGCCCCCAGGUUCUUUAACCAAAGCCAAAUCACAAAGCUCGUCAUUCAGCUUCAAACCAGGAUGAUCUUGGAGUCUUACCGUACUGAAUGCCCAUCACCGAUGACCAUCCAGCCUCACCUUGACGUAUUAAUCAGGCUGAAACAGUCGUGUAAGGAGGAAGAGGCUGUGAAGUACUUAGAUGACUUUGCCGAGCUGAUUCAAACGGUCCUGACAAACCCAAACUCAAGAGCUCAUUAUUUUCAGAAUGUGUUUCCUCAGCUGUAUGGUCCAGAAUAUGAGGUGGCACUUCAGAAUCUGGUCUUGGAGUUCCUCUUCAGAGUCGAGGAGUUGUUACCAGUGCCAGACUUGAGACAGACUGCAGUGUGGCUGCGUGCUGCCCCCUGUGCUUUGGAGGACUGCACCCAGCUACUUGCACAUCCUGAAGACCUGCAGAACCUGGUUGCGGUGAUGAGUGCUCCUCCUGCAUGUCUGAUUGAGGAGGAAGUUGUGGUCAUCGCUGACCCGUCCAGUCCAGUAGAAGUUAUGGAAAGUGUUGUGAUCACCGAUUCAAGUCAACCUCAUGAAAUUGUGGAGUGUGAUGAACCACAGGAGUUCAACAGUGUCGAAUAUGUGUCUGAUGAAGAGCCCAGUCCUGAAGAGGCUCACGCGUCACAGAUUGGAGAGAUAGUGAACACAAUCCAAAGCUUAAGAGAGGCCGCAAGUGAAGGUGCGUCACAGUUUGAUAGCACAAAGACAAACCAACAAAUAUAUGUGAUCCAGCAACCUGCAAGACCCAAUGAAAAGUCCUCUACCCCCUCCACUGUGUACGUGAUAAACCCUGUUGCUGUCAAUAAGCGUCGUGCAGAAACGUCAGAAGUCACACCAAUCAGUGUGGAAAAAUGGAUUUCCCAAAUAGCAGGCAAAGCCAUUUCACUUCCUUUUUUACCAAGCCUGCCCAAAUCGAGCAUUCCUCGCACCAGAACUGCAAGGUCUCGCUGCCGUUCACGUGGUGACCAGGACAAGACUCUUCUCGGCAAAAAGACCACAUCCAGCGAUGGCACUUCAGGUGAGUCCCAGGAAUCUCCACAAGCUCGAAAGCACCGUGAAACAUACACGUGUGACCAGUGUGGCAAAGGCUUUCCCUACCAGUGUCUGUUAGAUGACCACGAGCGCACUCACACGGGUCUAAAACCAUUCCAGUGCUCCGUUUGCGGGAAGACAUUCCGCUCCCGUAGCUUCCUAACAAUCCAUGAGAAGAUCCACUCUAACGUGCGUCCGUUCCAGUGCCAGGUGUGCAACAAGGCGUUCCGGAAGCGUGCAGAUGUGGUGAAACACCACCUGGUGCAUACAGGCGAGAAACCGUACAAGUGCACGGUCUGCGGGAAGGGUUUCACUCAGGGGUCGUACCUUAAGAUUCACCAGGCCUGCCACACCUCGGAGCACGAAUACCCUUGUCCUCACUGUGAGAAAACCUUCCCCACGGCCUUCAAGCUGCGCAUGCACGAGCGCUACCACACAAUGGAGCGACCCCAUCACUGCUCCAAGUGCGGCAAGAGCUUCAUCCACCUCUCCAUGCUCAAGAGGCACAUGGGCUAUCACGCGGGCAAGCGCCAGUACCUCUGCUCGCUGUGCGGCAAGGCGUUUGUCUACAUGUUCGACCUCAAGAAGCACCAGCGUCAACACGACAAGCCCAAAGAGGAAGUACCUUGCCACAUCUGUCAGAAGACCUUCUCUAGCCCCGAGGGGCUGAGGUGCCACAUGCGUAUCCAUUCCGGCGAGCAGCCCUUCCAGUGCCAGGAAUGCGGCAAGUCCUUCACCCAGCUGGGAAACCUGAGGAGGCACCAGCGCGUCCACACAGGGGAGCGCCCGUUCACCUGCAAGGUGUGCAACAAGACCUUCAAGCACUCCUCCCACCUGAAGGACCAUUCACACAUCCACACAGGCACCUGGCCAUACCAGUGCGGACAGUGUGGCAAACAGUUCAGGUCCCCCGGGCUCCUAAAGAGGCACGAAAGAACUCACUUGGACCCACAAGAGGGGCGAAGGAGUGGUCGCAGGAAGCAGAACCCACAGAGAACCUGAUUUCCUUUGGGUCACUGACAUGUUUUUUUUUUUUUUUUUUUAAAAGAAGUUCCAAGAAUUCUUGUUGUCUGCAGAAGAGAACAUGGCAAGGAGAACUAUAUCAAGUUCUAUACCUCCUACUAUACAAAGUGCAAGAUCUAGAGUUGUCCAUUUCUGUCAAUAUUCAGUCCAGUUGUCUGGCUAACUAAAGAACUGUGUUUUGUGGCAUACACCCUCAGGUCAAGAGGGACAUAGGCUAUGUUAAAACAAUUCAUAGUUACUUUUGUCAAUAGCCAAUCCAGAGUGAUGAUAAAAUGUGUUUGAUAUGAAUGCCUGUCCUUCCUAGAAUACUGUAAAUAAAUCCAUGGUUUUGCAGGCAAUUUUCAUGGACCUUUGAAAGAAAGAUGGCAAAGAAAUAUCAUUGCAAUCAAUUUAUGUUAUAUUUUUUGUCCAAAAUGUAUUAACACACACUAUGCUGCUGGGCUGCUACUGACAUGCUCCUUUUCAGAAUGGUUCAACUUAGUGUCUCAUUUUGAUUACAUUUGCCCAAUAAAGUGACUAUAGGACUUCAAAAAA